UCUCAGUCCUGCACUAAGCUACUCGUUUAUGCAUGUUUAUAUAUUAGUGAUUCGUAUGUCUGUAUCGUUAUAGCAGUAUUAGCACAACACUCACACAUAACAGACGCGACCAGUUUUUGCGCAAUGUCUACAAUGGGAUCUCUCACGAUCGUGACACUUUUUGCUGUUGUUCUCAUUGCUGCUUACUCAGAAGCAGCUUCAGGCAGCUGUCCCCUCCCGUCAAAGGUGUACAGCUGCAGCCCAAAAUGCCAGCAGACAUACGACUGCAGCCACGGCAAGACGUGCUGCCCUAACUCUUGUAAUGCUAAGUCCUGUGUCGACUUGGCUACUGUUGGAGGCGGGAACAAUGAUAAAUACUCACAGUCUGGUGGUUCCGGAAUUUAUUGCAAUAAUCAAAAAUGCAGCCCCUCCGAGAAAUGCAAGAUAGACCCAACCACGAAGAGAAUGAAGUGUAUGCGAGCGUAAUUUAUUUAAAACUACAUACCUAUUAUAAUAUAAAGCCUAC